AUGUCGCGGCUAAACCUUGGACCGCGUCUUCUUGGGGUGGGUCCUCAGGAGCGGCCCCCCACGUCGCUUGAGGGAUUCGCGAUUCUCUACCUUCCCAGGCCUGACGUGGAACUCGUGGACCAGCUUCUCUCAUCAAGGGAUCAGAUCACGUUCAGGUUGCCAAGAAGGGUCGUAGCCCCUUCAUUUCACAAAGUUCCAGCGCAUCUCUUGAUCAUCUUCCUCGAUCACCAUCGACUUAAGGAUUUCAUCGACCAGCCACUCCUCCGUUAUCCCUCCACCAUCUUCAACCAAUACUGUCAGUGGUGGGUUCUGGCCCUCGGAGUUGCCCUCGACAUUCCCGACACUGAUUUCCCGGCUGCAUGUACUGGGCGCAAUGAGGGAAAUUGGGAUUCUAUCAUUGUAAUUCAGACCCGAUCAUCGUCAUCAAGAAUGAUGGGUGUAUCUGGCAUCUUAAGAAUCCACGCAAGUAUAGAGGGGAUCGGGCAUUUAGGACUUGGGACCCCGACACAACAUCAGCUCAUUUGCGAACCAAUCCCGCCGUGUCCUCGCCAGUGGCGAGCUGAUGGCGUGCGCAGUAUGAGCACCUGCAGGCCUAGAAGAUGGACCAAGGACAGAAAUUUGGCCACAAACAGCAGAAAACUACGCAGCAACGUAGAUAUCAUCAUGGAGCGGGCAAAAAUUGAUGCCAAAAUUGAGCUACCGCUCCCAGUCUAUACCCCACGUUGA